GCGUCCUGUGUGACGUCACCAAAGGCGACAGACGCUGAAGCCACGCUGCCGCCCAUCACUGGGCAACGCAGGAGACGAGGGGCCGCUGUCGUGUGAAGCGGGUUUAGAAGGAAUUCCCGAGAGAGAUCGUCAGACAGACAGACAGACAGACGAGAGAGAAAAGCCGCCAUUUACUGUGAUGUCUAGCUGGAUGUGAAAGACGAGACGUGCGAGGCUCACAUGAAUAAAAUGGAGAACGGGACCGUGAAUGUCAAAGAGGAGGACUGUGAGUGGGAGCCUGUCCACCCUAAAUGGGACAAUCUCCUCAUUAAGAGUGAGCACUGUGAACAGGGGGCAGUGGACUUUAAAGACGAGCCUGAAGAGGAGUCUGUCCGCAUCGAGACAAACAAACAUACAAGUGUGGAGAGCGUCGGGGAGGAAGAGGAUGGCCUUCAUUUGGAGUGUCGAGAUGGAGUGGUGACCAGGAUAGUCUCUUCUCCGAGCAGACGCUGUACGUCGCAGGAGUCUUCAUUACAGUCUGACACAAACAACACCGAGGAAAUGUCAUCUGCUAGAACUCCGGAAGAUCAGCCACCAUCUACAAAUCAGUCUGGAGAAAGAGACAAACCCCAUUGCUGUUCUGAAUGUGGCAAACGAUUCUAUCACAGGAGUCAUCUUCAGAACCACAUGACAGUUCACACUGGAGAGAAGCCGUAUUGCUGUUCUGAAUGUGGAAAACAAUUCCCGCGACUCACCAGCCUUCACAGACACACAAAAAUUCACACAGGAGAGAAGCCGUAUUCCUGUUCUGAAUGUGGGAGACAGUUUUCCCAGAAAGUCACUCUUUUGUGCCACCAAAAAGUUCAUACAGGAGAGAAGCCAUAUUGCUGUUCCGAAUGUGGGAAGCAGUUUUCACAAAAUGCCAGUCUUUUCAGCCACAAAAGAACUCAUAUGGAAGAGAGACCAUUUUGCUGUUCUGACUGUGGCAAACAAUUUUAUGACAAGGGUACUCUUCGAAAACACACUAGAAUGCACACUGGAGAGAAGCCAUAUCGCUGUUUGGAGUGUGGCAAAGGAUUCUCACGCACCAAUAGUCUUAAGUGCCACAUCAGGAUCCACACUGGAGAGAAGCCAUAUUGUUGUUCAGAAUGUGGCAAACAAUUCACGAAAAGGAGCAGCAUUUGGAGACACACCAAAAUUCACACACGAGAGAAGCUGCACUGCUGUUCUGAAUGUGGUAAAGAGUUUUUAGAAAAAAGCCACCUUCAGAGGCACAAAGAAAUUCACGUGGGAGAGAAGCCAUACUGCUGUUCCGAAUGUGGUAGAACGUUUUUGAAAAUGAGCUAUCUUGAGACGCACAAGAGCAUUCACACAGGAGAGAACCCCUAUUGCUGUUCUGAGUGUGGGAAACGAUUUUCACGUAUGCAUAGCCUUAAGAGACACAGUAUGAUUCACACGGGAGAAAGAAGAAAGAGCGGAGAGAAGGAAAAAUGAAGACCCACCCUGUGGAGGGAGUUGGUACUCAUAAAAAGCCUACAUGGAAGGGGGAAGAACACCUAAGGUCCUAGCCAGAAUAUGAGCGAAUCUGCAGUUUUGCUUAUUAUUGACUUUACCUUCGCAAUGGCGAGCAAUAAACUCAAAACUCUAACAGAAGCACAAAAUCUGUAAAAUGAAACACAAAACAAUGGUGCAAAAGAGACAAUUUAAGGAUGAUCCAAAAAGGUCCUAGAAAAUGUUAAGUGGGGACACCCUGAAAGUAACUGUCUACCAGCGGACUACUAGGAACACACACAGGUACUCGAGAGUGAUUGUGAGAGCAGCGAUGAAGAAAGCACAGGAUCCUAAUGUAGUCAAAGAUUGUAAUGGAAAUCAUCGAAGUACCUGAGCCAUCAUGGAGUGAGGGAACAGCAAAGUCAGAUCUGCAGCGAAUUGGAAGGCACCUAUUGCAGAUGCUGUGCCAAACAUAUUAGUAAUGCACCUAUCAUCUCUGCAGCAGGAAAUGGCGGACUGUACAAAUAUUGUAAUGCAGUAACCAGAGACAACACCACAGUGGCUUAGUGCAGGAAGAACCUUCCUGUUCUCAAAAUCGGGACAAACCAGCAUCCUUGAAAGCUACUGCCCAGUAACUCUCCUCUCUACCAUACAUAUGCAAAUUUUCCACAGCAGUCGAAGAUGGAGCCCAAUAAUUUAAUGCCAAUAAAACUGAAAGGACUAAAAAACAUCAUGUGGAACAAAACAAACAAAACUUCUGGUAAGCAAACUAAUCAGAGUGCUGCACAAAAGGCAAAACCCUCAAAGGUCCAGACUGUACAAAAUCUACACAUUUGUGAUGAAUCUCAUGUCAACCACCAUGCGCCACUGACAAACAACCCUGCAGCUUCAGUUUGACAGAGGACGGGUCACAAUCUCAAAUAGAGAAAUAAAAGGAGGAAAACUUCAAGGGGACUCAUUCCAGAUCGCUUGCAUCAAAAUCUGAGUUCGAUAAGUCAGAGUCCGAUUCAGCAAUAAUAAAUGCAAAAAAAAAACAGAAAAUAAAGCAUACUGAGAAUUC